AGGAAAAAAAAACUCAGCAAAAAAAUAUUUAAAAACAUGAAUGUUUUACUAUAUACUACACUGUGACUCCUGUUUGGCAUCAUGACAUGGCUCUAACCAUAUGUUAUCCGACCCGCGUAACCAAUGCUCUUCUUGACGGAAACCUCAUUCUAGAUUCUACUACUACUUCUUGCUCUUCUUGAUGUUCCGUGUCCUCUCAAAACAUCUACGUAAAAUCGACAAGAACCUUCCACCGAGUCCAGGUCUCUCCCUGCCAAUCACUGGUCAUCUCUAUCUCAUCAAGAAACCCCUCCGUCAAACUCUUGCCAAUCUUUCCAACAAUUGCGCACAGAAAAAAAGGCUUUAUAAAGGUUCAAAGGGUGGUGAAUUCAUGACAAACGAUGCCGAGUCAACUUUUUUUUAUCUGACACUUGAUGUCAUUAUGCGGAUGAUUGCCGGAAAGCGAUAUCACGGAGAGAAUCCAGCAGAAUUAGGUGAAUCAAGGAAGGUCAAAGAAAUUGUGACAGAGACCUUCGAAUUAAGUGGAGCUACGAAUACUGGAGAUUUUGUGCCAGUCUUGAAAUGGUUUGAAAUGAAUCACAAUGAGAAGAGGUUGGCUCUAUUGCAUAGCAAGAGGGAUAAAUUCUUGCAAGACUUGAUUGAAGCGCACAGAGAAGUAAAGGACGAGUCGGCUUCAGAUCAAGGGAGCCGUAAAACAACGAUCGACAUCCUAUUAGCCUUGCAAGAAACUGAACCCGAGUUUUAUACUUGCGAAAUAAUCAGAAGCAUGAUGGCAGUAAGCACUCACUAUACCUAAGGAGGAGGAGCUUUCCGGAGAAAGGAUUAGCCAUAUGCAUGGUUGGAUUGACUUU